AUUCUAUUCCAAACAAAUUCAAUGAAUUUGUAUAUAUUUUCAAAAUGCACCCCAACAUUCAUGCAACGUAAUUUAGGUGAAAACAAGAGAGUGGAUCACACGGCAAGAGGAGUCGCGUGAGCCAGAAUAUUAGGUAGUAUCGUACUGUCGUGCAUUGCCCACCCCCUAUUUUUUCUGGUGUUGAUUAAAGUUUCAAACCAAUACAUCUGAAAUACCCAUUGUACCCUCCGCCCGGAUUUAUGUUAAAUUAAAUUUAAUUAUAUAUAUAUUUUUUGCCCCAAUUUAUUUGUCCUCAAGCAAAAUAUACAAGCCCUAGAUCAUAAAACUGAAAAUCAAAGGAGGUUUUUUAGAGAGCAUCAGAGAUCAAAACCACCUAAUUCCGACUGCUGUGGUCCUAUAUUCUCCUCUAAUUUGAAGAAAAAAAGGAUCUUGAUAUUUGUUGGAUGAGAUUCAAAGUAGGUGACGGAUUGGAGGUUAUGAACAGAAAAGAGGUUUUAGUUCCGCGGCAUACCAAAAAAGUAACACCUGGUAUUGCAAGUGAUCGUAUUGCGGGGAAGAGUUACAUUGCCGGAGACAUUGUUGAGGUUUUUUACCAAAAUACCUGGAGGAUUGCUGUCAUCUUGAAUAUUUUGGUAUUAAGAAAAAAGAAUAAGUUCCAAAAUCAAUAUUUAGUAAGGCUGCUUGGGGCGUGCUCGCAAGAUUUAGUUAUUGAUAGAUCGAAUAUCAGAAUGAGACAAGCCUGUCACGACGAUAAAUGGAUGUUAAUGAAGAAGAGUUACAAGGAAUCUGAUGUAAUGCCCAUUCAACCAUCAACCUCAAAUCGCUGUGGAAAGACGAGAUUCCAGGUUUCACAAUUCAAAGUAAUGGGCAGAAAUCGAUCCAAAAAAGAUUGCCGCAUUCAGGAAGCUCACGUGAUUUCUUCAAGAUCCCUAAAGAGGAUGUCUCCCUUCGGUUCGUCCAUUGUUGAAGCACAUAACGCACAAAAACGAAGAGCAGUCGAAAAAGAAGGCUCUAUGCUGAAGCAUAGAGUGGUUGCCACACCGGUGCUCGAAAAGGUAGAUGCAGUUGCUUACCCAAAAGAAAUUUCGGGUGAAAAAAACAUGCAUACUUCCUUUAACAUUAUAUCAAAUGGAUAUAAUAGGACGAAGAUGGGAAAACAAAAUGAUGUUUUUGGCGUUGCAAGUCCUGAAUUAAGUACCUGUGACAGUGAUGCUUCUUCUGUUGGUAGUUGUAGUGUUACCAACCGGAUCCCAGAAAACUAUUGUAGUCAAUCUAUUCCCAUGCAUUGUCAAGAUACAGACAACCUUUGUAGUGAUGCUGAGUCAUCUUAUGGGCUACAGUUGGAGGCAUGCAUCAUUUGCUUCCAAUGGUUUAUAGAUGAUGAUGCCAGGGUGCCUUUUCUCUUGGCAUUGAACUUUGGACGAUUUCACUCGUCUACUUUCAAAGAAAUGCUACAGUUUUGGCUAUUCCCUGGUAUCGACAAUUUAUUCUACAGUACUCUUAUUUUUUCUUUUUUGGUAAGUCCAGGCUUAACUGUACUUAUAGGAACACAUAUAACCAAUUUUUUGUUACAUAUUAUAGAUCAAGAUCUCUAUAUACGCUUUUCUUGAUCUGUUUUAUUUCC